ACACCGAAGAACCAAACCCUAAAAUGAUUCGUUGCCUGAUUAUAUUUUUAGUUUUGAAAACCCCACCGAGAAAACAUCACCCCUAAACAAAACCCACUUUUAACUUUUAUUAUUCGCAGUUUGUGCCCUCAAAAAAGCGAAGUGACCAGACAGAAACGCAACCAAGAGCAACGUGUGAUUCCGUUUCGUUCCGAUUCAUCGCCAUCGUCUACCGUCGAAGAUAUCAACUCAAUCCCCCCGUUCACGGUCAUACAACAACGCAGAUUCCUCGGUACAAAGAUGGCGAUGACAGUUGAAGUGUAAGCCAAUCAAAUUGAAAAGCUUGCUGGACUUGCUCUUAUGUUUUCGUCUAGUCUCCUCUUACAAAUCCUGGCUUGUGCAAUAUACAACAACUGGUGGCCGAUGUUAUCAGCACUCAUGUAUGUUUUGGUGCCUAUGCCGUGCAUGUUCUUUGGUGGUGGAUCCACUGAAUAUUUACUCUCCCGGGAUGGUGGCGGGUGGAUAGAUGCUGCCAAAUUCCUAACUGGUGCUUCAGCUGUAGGGAGCAUAGCCAUCCCCAUCAUCUUAAGGCAUGCACAUCUAAUCAGCACCGGAGCUAUGAUGAUCGAAUUCAUGUCAUUUUUCAUAUUUGUGGGCACCGUCAUGUGCUUUCAUCGUGCUAAUCUUGAAGAUGAAUGGUGAUUCAUCCUGCUAAACAUGAGGAAGCAGAAAGUGAGAGAUCAAUGUGAAUUCUUUUUUUUUUUUUUAUAUAAAUUAAAAACAAGUUGCAACUAAUGUAAAGCUAAAAUAGUUUGACUUAAUUGUGUUGACUUAUGUUUGUGAUGCUUUUCUGGGGUUGUUCGUCCGCGUAUAUAAGUAAACAAGGCAUGGUUUUCGUUAUGAAAGAUGGUAUCUUGGUUGUGGGUUUGCAUUA